UCCUGUUGAUUUUCGAAGAUAAAAGACCUGAUAAGUCUUCCUCGUCGACAUCGAUACAAUUCAUGUCGUCCUGACUCCUCAGAAGUUAGAGCAUAACUUUGGCUCAUUUUCGAAUCCGUUAUACCGACAACCGAUAGGUUACAGCCACAGACAUGGCUUCAGAAACGGAGAAAAAAAUCAGCGACGACGCCAUCUCAACCGGAUCGGCUCCGGCGGUGUCUCUGAGAGAGGCCCAGACCAUGGCCGACGUGAUCCGGAAUGCGAGGCUCGCGACCGAGAAGGAACACAAGAUGACUUUGUUGCAAGGCAUCAAGCUGUAUCCUAAGGCUAUCGCAUGGAGUGUCCUGAUCUCUACCUGUAUCAUCAUGGAAGGGUUCGACAUCUCCUUGGUCAACAAUUUCUACGCUUUCCCGCAAUUCAACCAGAAGUACGGCGUCGCAACGACCAAGCCCGACGGCACGGUCACUUAUCAAAUCCCGGCAGCGUGGCAGGCUGGGCUGAGUAAUGGUGCGGUAGUGGGCGAAAUCAUCGGCUUGCUACUUAACGGUUGGGUCUCCGAGCGGUUCGGUUAUCGAUACACGGUAAUUGGUUGUCUCGUGCUCAUCGCGGGCUUCACCACUAUCUUCUUCACGGCCCAGACCGUCGUACACCUGCAGGUCGCCGAGAUCUUGUGCGGUAUUCCCUGGGGUGUCUUCCAGACCCUAACUAUCACCUAUGCUUCCGAAGUCUGCCCUGUGGCUCUGCGUGGCUAUCUGACGACUUAUAUCAACUUCUGCUGGGGCGUAGGCCAGAUGAUCGGGAUCGGUGUCAUCAUGGGCAACCUAUGGCGCACAGACGAAUGGGCAUACCGCAUACCGUACGCGCUCCAGUGGAUGUGGCCACUGCCCCUUAUCAUUGGCAUCAGCUUUGCACCGGAGUCUCCUUGGUGGCUUGUGAGGAGAGGGAAACUCGACGAUGCCAAGCGCUCCCUUCUCCGCCUAACUAGCAUGGACCGAGAAACCGACUUCGAUGCGGACGAGACGGUUGCGAUGAUGGUGCAUACUACAGCUUUGGAGCAGAAGAUCACAAAAGGAGCUAGCUAUCUCGACUGCUUUAAGGGGGUUGACAGGCGCCGCACGGAAAUUGUGUGUAUGUGUUGGGCAAUCCAGAACCUAAGUGGCAAUACAUUUUCCAAUUAUUCUACCUACUUCCUAGAGCAGGCCGGCUUAGCCAGCGACAAGGCCUAUGCGUUUGCCCUAGGCCAGUACGCCAUCAACUGUGCAGGUGUCUUUGGUGCCUGGAUACUCAUCACCAUCGGGAUUGGACGAAGAACAUUAUAUCUCUAUGGUCUUGCUUCUCUCUUUGCCAUGCUUAUGAUACUCGGCUUCCUCGGCUUGGCUCCUGAUAGGAAUGCUGCUUCGCUCGCGACAGGCAGCAUCAUGUUGGCGUGGGCUCUGUGCUACCAGCUGACCGUCGGAACUGUCUGCUAUUCUCUAGUUGCGGAAAUAUCGACGAGACGUUUACAGAUCAAGACCGUAGUGCUCGGACGUAUCCUCUACAAUAUUGUCGGCAUCGUUUGCGGCGUCUUAACGCCGUACAUGCUGAAUCCUUCAGCUUGGGAUUGGGGUAAUUAUGCUGGAUUUUUCUGGGCGGGUUCCUGUUUCCUCUGCUUCAUCUAUACUUACUUCCGCAUACCCGAACCGGCCGGCCGCACGUUUGCGGAAUUAGACCUCUUAUUCGAGCAGAAAAUAAGUGCGAGGAAGUUCGCAUCGACUAACGUCGACGUAUUCGCCGAGCAUGUCGCGGAUGAUGUAAUGAGCAAGUACAAAGACCAGAUUGACAUGGCAAACAUAGAUACCAAAGUAUAAGACGCGAUGAACGAUUUAUGAUAUGACGGGGUAACGGGGGCGUGUUUGUGUGAGGCUAAGGGGAAGAUACGCCUUAGGUAUGUAGGCGGUAUUGGAAUUUAUGAUAUAAUUUUGGCAAGUACCAGCCUUGUAGUCUCAAACCGUAGUGUAUUUAAACGGCUUUUUAAUAAAUAAAUAAAUAAAUAAAAUAAAAUAAAUACGUGACUUAAUC